UACGUGCACACACACACACCCGUCAGUCCUUCUCCUCCUCUCCCAGCAGAGCACACUGGGUCUUUUAAAGCUGUUUCGUUAUCAUGAAGCUGGGAGGCUGAACUGACUCUUCUUGUCUGUCGUCCAUCCUAUCUUACUCUCUCACUAUCUCUCUCUCUAUAUAUAUAUCUCUCUCAGUUCUUCAGCAGACUGGACCUGGAUGCUCUGUGUGUGUAUUUCUGUAUGUGGCUCUGAUCUGACCUAAAAGCUCCAUUAAAAAGUGGGUAUUUUCAGCGUGCUUUUAGAGACAGCCAAUUCAUUAAGAACAGAGAGAAAACAGAAGAGAGGAGCCACAUAGAGAGAGAGAGGGAUAAAACAGCUUGGAUAUCCAUGACCUCGGAUUUCCAGCACUGCAGUUUCAGAAUGCCGAAUAUAGGGUUUCAGAACCUCCCCCUCAAUAUCUACAUCGUCGUCUUCGGGACUGCCAUCUUUGUCUUCAUCCUCAGCCUUCUCUUCUGCUGCUAUCUGAUUCGGUUGCGACAUCAGGCGCACAAGGAGCUCUAUGCAUACAAACAGGUCAUUCAGAAGGAAAAAGUAAAAGAACUAAACUUACAUGAGAUCUGUGCGGUGUGCUUGGAGGAGUUCAAACAGAAGGAUGAGCUGGGGAUUUGCCCGUGCAAACACGCCUUUCACAGAAAGUGCCUCAUUAAGUGGCUGGAAGUGAGGAAGGUUUGUCCGCUGUGCAACAUGCCAGUCUUGCAGCUGGCGCAGCAGCAGGGGACGUCCGAGACAGCGGCACCGCCGGCUCCCAUACAGCAGCCCCUGCCAGGCGUGGAGAACCUGGUGUAGCCAGGACAUCCCCCACACCUUCAUCCUCCACUAUUACAGCCUCACUCACUCUACUGUACAGGUACUCAACACAAGGGCAGGCUGGACUGCGUACGCUCUGUGCUGCUCUGUACUUUCCGCCUUGGUGGAUUUACAUCUGGAUUCUCACCAUACUACGAAGACUGCUGAGUCCCAAGAUCAUUUUUUAAUUUUUCAAUAUAUUUUUUUUUCGUUCCAUUAUUUGAACCGUAUCCAAGGCGUUAUGCCACGGUCGUUCAGACUGUUCCACACCAAAGCACUUUUUUUCUGGGGACACCAGCACAAGAGGCGACUGUAAACAACUAAAAAAACCCCUCUAAAAACAACAAACGGCGACAAGGAAAGAAACAGCUGCGUUUUUUGUUAAUGAGUUUUUUUUUUUUUUUAAAAAAGCACUUUACAUGGACUCGAACUUAAUCGCUUGUGAAGAUAGUAGCAAGGUCAUAUUUUAUAUAUUAUUUCAAUUAACUGUAUUAUUUCUAUUUUCCCUUUAUUUUUUAGUAGCGUACACAGACAACAUCAUUUGGAUUGUUCUUAGAGAGGACUUAACUGAAGUUUAUACUGUAUAUAAAAGAAGGGACGACAGCUUUCCACAUGUACAUGUACAUGUGCAACGUGUGCAGAGGGAAAAAGGUGGCCUCGUCGAAAAAAUAAGCUGAAUCCAGUGGCUCCCCUGCUAAAAAAAAAAAAAUCCAGCUCAAGGUGUUUUCGGAUGGUUUAAGCUAGUCUUUAAUGGUCAAGGUGGUUUAAAAGCAGGUUAUUUAGGUUAAAACAUACCCUGUGCUGGUAAGAUCGCAGGUUAAGCAGCUUUUGACCAGCAUAGUGUAUGUUGCACUUGAUUGCGGUCAUGCUAGUUGAACAACAAGAUCUUGCUUGUCAUGGUGGUCAACUAGCUUGGUUACGCUGGGUGGCCAAUACGGAUGCAAAAUGAAAGAUUUAGCCGAAAUGAAGCAGAUUUCCCCUCAAUUUUUCCAUAAUUCCAUAAAUGAAAACCCUAAAAUUACUAUAUUUUUGUCUUACUUUCCUGUGAAAAUGACAUUUGUUGUAAAUUACUACUCUUUACAUUCUUUGAAAUGAAUAAUUUUGUUUGCCAAAUAUUCACUGCAUCCAUUUGGGUCAUGAUGGUCGACCAGCGUGGCCAAUCACAGUCUGUUGGUCUAGCUUGUUUAGGUUGAUGAUGCUUUCGGACCAGCAAGUUGGUUAACUAGCUUAACCGUCUUGACCAACUUGAGCUGGCCAUUGUUUGUUUUUUUGUCCCAGCAGGGUCUUUAUUGUAAAUCUAGUGCACUAAGUAGUGUGUAAAUGCUGCUAGCCUAGGCAUCAUUAUAACGCACUACUACUAAGUGGGUUUGUUAGAAGGAGCCAUAUUGGGUUCAGCAGUUGCGAAAGCAGCAAAAAUGUUAUGAAGCAGUGUCGGUAUUGCCAGAAGUGGCUCUUCUACUCUGAUCUGAGACCAGUUUUGUGGUUCGUCUUAGACGGAAACAGGUUAGCUGCUGGUCUUAAUCAGCGUUAAAGGGAGUCUCUUUGGCUUGUCUUGUGGACAGGCACUUGUGGAGUGACCCCAGGUCGUUGUUGACCAACCAAAUGUGAAGGUGGAGGAAUUCCACAAGUUCUGGUAGGUGUAAAUGUUUAAACUGCUGUCAGAUUUUCUGCACACAGAUAAUGCACAUGUACACAGUCUGUAUCCUUUAUCAGAACCAUGCUUUUAUGUUCUAAUCCGUGUUGUCUGCAGUCGGUAGUGAUCUGUGCACACACAAGUCAUUUACACUCUUUUUAAAUAUUAAAAAAGUGCUUCUAAUGGUUCUUUGAUUGAUGUCAUAGAGGAACCACUUUGUUUAACAUAAUAACAUGCCAAUGUGGCGUCUGAAGGAGUAGAUCAACUGGGAAGCAGUAAGUUUUGACCCAAUGCUCCAUGAUGCUCCCACAUAUGGAUGCCCACCAGAUUUAGUUUUGGGUCCAGGGGGUUUAAACAUGGGUCCCAAAUGAGUGGAUUUUACAUAUAGGUUUAGGUUGGACUCUUGUGAGAAUAAAGUGCUCUAUAACAAUGGGGCACAUUUGGAAAACCCAACUGAGUCCCAGUUUCAACACAAGUACAGUACAAACCCACUCAGAGGCCUUGAUCAAAUGGAACCAACCUGUUAUCUACAGGGCCACAACAAACCUUAAGAUUAAACAUAGGUCAGGCCAAACAAUAUGCCCAACAGUUUGAGCAUGCAGUGUGUGCAUUAAAGGCAUUAGAGUCCAAAUGAGUGCCUAGAUGGGGCCCAUGUGAGACUAAGGUGGGCUGUACUGAUAGGGCUUAGUUGAGUCCCACUGGGUCCCAAUAAGAACACAUGUUCAAACCCACUCAGAGCCCAUGUCUACCUAGAACUUUCCUUGAACCACAUGUCUACCCAUGUGAGCUACCCCUGUCUGGGCUGUUGGUAAAAGAGAUAACUGUAUGCCUGAAGAACCUUGAAGAAACAUGGUUCUUUGUGAAACCCAAAGUGAAUGUUCUAUUGCAUCACUCAAAGGUUCAUUUGAGGCACUAUGCAAGUCCUGUGCUGAAGUUCUGAGAUAUUUAUCACACUAUUCCACUAGAAUCUGAAUGUUAGGCUCUCAUUGCAUAACACAAAACAAUGUGAAUCACACUGUCAAUCCAUUUUCGAUCGCCCCCUUUCCCAGGGAGUCAAAAGAGAUCACCAGUCCCCCUCUUCCUUACUUACAUAACUGGUCCCACCUGAACUGCCCACGUCCAAGAACAGAUCAUCUCAAAGCAUUACUCAGUAUUUGGCUUCGACUGUCUAGUUUUCAAACGGGAGUUGAGCUCUGUGUUUGAGUGCACUGUUGAGCUCUGUGUUUGAGUGCACUGUUAGAGUAACAGACACACAUUUAUCACGUUGAACUGGACAGAAUCUUGUCAGUGACAUGUCUGCUGGUUUGACUAGAGGCCACACAGACCGCUCUAUUACAAAGAAGGUUUAGACUUCCACUGCGACCUAAUCCACUACAUCGUCUGGCGCAUGUGUUUGUUUGUCUUGGCUCUGGAGUAAGGCAUAUCUUUCCUGAGAAGCAAAGGAAGCUCAGAAGAAAAUUCCAGAAUCCUGAAUAAACUUCCCCCCCCCAAACUCCCUUUCGCUUUCAUAAACAUUCAGAUACCGCACCCCUGAGUGAAAUGUAAAAAGCCUCAGCCUACUUUUUAAAGAGAUAGAAAUCAUUUGCCGUUGACGACCAAUUCAAUGUAACUGUGGAGAAUAUGGACAACUGUAGAUAUCAUGCACAUGGAGGCUUGACGUACUCCACAGGUGAUAUUUGUGAUUGGUCGUUAAUAUAAAACAAUUGAAACCAUACAAAGUUUGCACGCUUCUUUGCAAAGCUUGCAAACUUUGUUACACAGAAAGUAUUCAUAGACCUUGACCAAGGAUUCACACUGGCAGAGGUUGUUAGUAGGGAAGGAGUUUAAGUUCAGAGAGCAGUCUGUGAUUGAUCAGAAAGGUGUGGUGAGUCAAGUCAGUUUAGAAAGUUGCUUCUUGCCAUCAGCAGCCAGAGCCUGAGAGAGGACAACUGAUCUCGCUCUCUUUGUGUGGGUACAUGAUAUUACAUGACUUUCUUCUGAGCAUGCUGGCUGCCCAGUAGUCCUUACCCUCCUAGUUUUUUGUGCUUUACUAAUGAUUGGGGGAGUCUUUAUUAUUGGGUUGGGUAAUUGGCACAUCUAAAUUAGAGAAAAUGAAGUAAAAUUGGGAAAAAAAGUCUCAACUUAAUUUGUCACUGGUUGACUGGUCGCAGUUUCCCGCUAGUGUAAACCAAGGAUAACACUAAUUGUUACAUGUUCCAGCAUUGCUCAGCAUAUUCACCAUGAUGUCCAGCACUUUGUACUCACCAAAAAAUGGAUGGAAAAGGCAGUGAAUGUGUAUUGCGCAACAGCAGUGCUUUUUCUGCACUGAGCCAGGUGCAGCUCCUCUGUCAGCAGCUUGUUCUAAUGGCUAUUGUACCUUGCAGUACAAUAAAGCCCGCUUUUUCUGAAGCCACAUUCUGGCCAUUUCCACCUGACUGGUGUAAACCUCCAUGCAUUGUCACGGUGACCCUAGCUAGCCUGGCUUUUCACCUAUUGUGCCACCUCUGAUUACAGUAGCAAUGAGGGAAAGUGCUGUCAAGGGCAUUUCUGAGCACAGGGGUUUAAAACAGGUGCAAGUCUGGAUUAAGUCACAAUUAUUGAUCACUCAUUCAACUUUAAAGAAUAUAAGAAUUAGUCUUGAGGCUUAAAAGUAAACAACCCGUCACUGAACUGAUACUCAAUGUGUGGCAAUGUAAUAGAGUAGACUAGACUUUGGAAAGAAACCCAGGACAUAGGAGGGGAUGUCUAGCAGAAUGUGCUCAAGGAUGUUCCCUAGUUCUUGUUCUAAAAAACAUUAGUCCUACUUAGAUCUCUAUGAUAUGCAUAAAAUACCAAAAAAGCAUAUAUAUUGAGAUUGAAAUAUAACAAUUGAAAUUUGCCUUGAUCCCUGUUGGAGCCAAGAAAGUCCAAGUAAUGCAAGAGAGCAUAACUGGUGUCACUCUCUUUGGGUAGGUACGAUGGCCCUCCCUCUCCCCAUCACUCAGCCUGAUGAAACCCAAUGCAGAUGUCUAUUAGUGUUCUGUUCAAGCUGUCCAAUGAUAGUAGAAGGGUAGUUUGAGAAGACCACAAUGAUAGGUUUGGUUUCUAACCAGGUAGGAGUUGCCUAAAAACAUAAUUUCAGUGUACUUGAUGGUUCCUAAUCAGCCAAAUCACCAUCAGAAGGUCAGCUAGAUCAUGGUUUAUGAAGAUUAUCACAGUACACAAUCAAGGUUAGAGGCUCAACUGCAGAUUGUUGCCCUUGUUUAUACCAGUGACACGGGUGUGGCAGUAGUCCUUUCAAAGCAUUUCUAUUGGUUCAUUCAUCAUGACGUUUUGAAACAAUGUACAGAACAACUGCCAGAUACAUAUUAUGUCAAAAAUAUCAUGUCAGGAUACAAAGUGUUUGCAUUCAACACCACCCAUCGAAAAAACUAAACACAGCUGGGUUGCUUGUAUCAUUCGGUUUAACUAACUCGUCAGUCCUCAUUCAUAAUUAACUGCCAGGUUUUCAGAUUGUAGGCUCUGAGCCAUGAUAUUGUAUAGACUCCGCCCCCUCUGUUCCCUUUCUUAACCCCGUAUACCCCCCUGUUUCUGCUUCUCUGUGGUUCGUGGUGUACAGUGAGUGUGUUUUUCCAGUGUCCAGCUGAGCCCCAUAGUGUCCUACAGCCACUCCCCCUCCCUCCCUAACAAACUCCCCUAUAGUGUGCCCCAGUAUUAUUAUUACACCAGUACAACCGACCCUUAACCCUUGCACUCGCGCUCCCACCUGUGUCUACGUACCAUUACGUUACCCUACACUAAAUACACACAACCCCCCCCCCCCCUCCACCCCCUCCUCCCCCACUGUGUUUAACACUGAUAAUGUUUGUGAAGCUCACAAACAUGUUUGUAAAACUAAAAAUUCUGCAGCAGAAUAUUUUUGGAGACAUUUGCUGUACAGUAUUUGUAAGCUCUAUUUUUGUAUAUUUAAUUGACCUUUUUGGAGAAAAUAAUAAAAGAAAAAAACAGAAAACAAAGAAGAAGGUUUUUUUUUUUUUUUCGUUUGUUGUUUUGCUAAUUUUGUUGUGUUUUAUUCAUUUUAAAAAGAUGUUGCAUGUGUUGACUUGAACUGUAAAUAAAACAAUUACCUGGUUUUGGAGGUAAUAAAAGUGAA